UCCUCCCUCGAUGUGUGUGUGGAUACUCCUCUUUCUUUCUUGCUUCUUGUUUCAUGGAACUCGUAGUUCCUUUUAUUAUCGUUCUACGUAGGGUUUAGAAAUGGUUUAAACUCCGAAAUGCAAGACGGAGAGAAUCGCUCCCAAUCCUACACCCCUUGUCUCGAAGCGCGAAUGAUAUAUCUUCGAAACCUCUUAUCCACAUCAAUCUUCUAAAUCCAAUCAAAGCCGUUCCAGAUUUUGAAAUUCCAACAAAAUAAAGGGAGUCGAUUACGGAUUUCACCAAUGAAAGCUUCGGCCUCGCCCCAUUCAAAAGCUCCAUUUAAGUUCAGGAUUCCGACGGCGGAGAAUCUUGUCCCGAUCCGUUUGGACAUUGAAAUCGACGGUCAGAGGUUCAAAGAUGCUUUCACUUGGAACCCUUCUGAUCCCGAUUCAGAGGUGGUGGUUUUUGCAAAGAGGACGGUGAAAGAUUUAAAACUUCCUCCGGCAUUUAUAACACAAAUUGCACAAUCCAUUCAAUCACAACUUACAGAAUUUCGAUCCUUUGAAGGUCAAGAUAUGUAUACUGGUGAAAAGAUCAUUCCAAUCAAGCUUGAUCUUCGAGUGAACAAUACAAUCAUAAAGGAUCAGUUUCUGUGGGACUUGAAUAACUAUGAGAGCGACCCUGAAGAGUUCUCCAGGACAUUAUGCAAAGAUUUGGGUAUUGAUGACCCUGAAGUUGGACCUGCAAUUGCUGUUGCCAUUAGAGAACAGCUCUAUGAGAUAGCAGUGCAAAAUGUUGCUUCAGCAAGAGAAAGCAGAAUGAGCAAGAAGGGCCGCCGAGGGUUUGAGCAUGUUCCAGUAAGUAAAACUGGAGGUGCUUCGGUGGACUUGGUGAAGUUAUUUGGUCAUAGAUCAAGUGUUGUUCGGAAAAGAAAGGACUGGGACAUUUACGAACCAAUUGUUGAUCUUCUAUCCAACGAGGAAGUAGAUGCCCUUGAAGCAAAAGAAGAGAGGAUUGCUCGAUGAUAUACUCUCAGUUGAUGUUGAUCUUAUUGCUUCUAUCGUCAAACAAGGUCGACUUUCUCGGUGGAAGUAAAUUAUUCAACAUGGAAAGGAAGUUAUUACGGAACUGUUCUUGACGGUUUAACACAUCAAUUAACAUUUCCUUAAUGUCCCCCAAGUUAAAGGCUUUUGGAGCGAUUCUUCAUCGAGUAUUCUUGAUCUCCAUUUAGCUUUGUUGAGUAGGGAUAUGAACUCUUUAGAACUCAAGGAUACACACAGACAGUUGUAUAUAACCUAUAGAGCAGAUUCUACUCAAGUAAGGUCGAAGUAGGGAUAUCAAUUCUGAUAUGGUAGAUAUUUUGACAAAUUUGACUAUCUACAAAUUGGUAUCAAGCUCAAAUAAUCGCUCGUGGGUAAACUUCUGACAUGAGUUCCCGUUCUUAUUUGUUGCUUUUGGUAGCAUAUACUCUGGAACCAUACAAAUGAAGUAAAGAUAUUGAUAUAUGCCAAAAGUUCUUUGUUUCCA